GCGUGUGUGUGUGUGUGUGUGUGCAUGUGUGUGCAUGUGUGUGUGUGUGUGUGUGAGAACAGUGCAGUUCCACACAGGAGUGUUUUUUCUCUUCCAGCCUGGACGAUGAGCGGUGGGAAUGAGUGGGCGGGGCAGUGUGAUGUUCCCCCUGAGGAAUCUCCAUGGAGUGAGGAGGCAUGUGAGGAGAUGUGGGAACGUGUGGAGGGAGUGAGGCACAAACUGACUCGAAUCCUGAACCCAGCUAAAGUCACUCCGUAUCUGCGCCAGUGUAAAGUCAUCGAUGAACAGGACGAGGAUGAAGUGCUCAACUCCACACAGCUUCCUCUACGCAUCAGCAAGGCUGGUCGUUUAUUGGACAUCUUGAGGGGGCGUGGUCAGCGUGGACUACAGGCAUUCAUGGAGUCUCUAGAAUUUUACCAUCCAGAACAGUACACACAACUGACGGGUCAGCAGGCCACACAGCGCUGCUCCAUGAUGCUCGAUGAGGAAGGUCAUGAAGGUCUAACCCAGUUCCUGCUGUUAGAGGUGCGAAAGUUACGAGAGCAGUUGCGUAACAGUCGCAUGUGUGAGAGGCAUCUAUCACAGCGCUGCCAUGUAGCUGAGGACGAGCGAAGCAGAGCAGAAAAAAGAUACCAGGAACUCAGAGAGGAGCACAGCCAGCUAGAGAGGCUGAGGCAGGACUGUGAGGCAGGAGUAAGGGAGAUGGGUCGGCUGAAGGAGAGGCUUUUAGAGCAGGCAGUAAAAUAUUCACGAGUUCUAGAAGAACAACGCAACGCCUCCACCCGAGAAAGAGAGUUACUCUCACAGAUCGAACAACUGAAGAAGAGCACUGACAGAGGAUCUGCCCACUCAUCGUCAAUCACAAGGAAGAGUGGAGUGUCUGUGAGUGUGUGUGGUGCCCCUGCUGGUCAGGAAGUGGUACUGCAACACACAGAUUCACUGACCGAGCGCAUCAGUGAUACACAGGCACUGCUGGAUAUUCUUCAUCAGGACCGUAGGGAAGCAGCAGAACAGAGGAAGGAGCUCUGUGGUACCAUUAUCAGACUACAGGGGGAGCUGGAGAGUGCUGAGGCCAUUAGGGGAAAGCUGGAGGCUCAGUGUGAACAGUUACAGUUGAGGUUACAGACCCUGCAGCUGGACUGGGAAGAGGAGCAGAAGAGAAGUUUGUCUUACUUCAAUCAGAUCAUGGAGCUGGAGCGAGAGAGAGACCAGGCUCUGUGCAGUCGGGACAGUCUGCAGCUGGAGUUCACUGACUGUCUGCUGGACAAGAACCGUCUGCGUAAAUGUAUCACUGAGCUUCAGGAGCGAGUGGAGCAGCUGCACAGAGAGCUGGAGAGAGAGAAGGGCAAGAACCAUGAACACACACACACACAGAGCUGCAGUCACGGAUCUCACCUGUCACUGCUCAGUGAGGAGUGUUUUGGGCCGUGCUGUUCACUCAGUCUAACUUCCUACAACAGCACACAGCUGCUCAAUAAGUCUCCCUCUAAUGGUCAGAACAGUGAACACUCAGAGGAUUCCCACCACAGCUCAGAGGAGAACCUGCACAGUCCAUUAAACAGAGCUAAGGAGAUAAACCGACUCUCCACCUUCCCGUUCCCUCCUCACAUUAACUCCAUCAGCCGACGAGUCAACACUGAGUUUGAUUUGGAUUCAUGGGGCAGUGACGAAACAGAGAACAUCACAGGUUCUGAUUUGGCUGACACUGAAUCAUCACUGUGGGAUUCAUGCAGUUCUCUACAGUCCUACUUUGUUCCUCUUGAUCCAUCCAACCUGCUACCAAAUGCUCAACAAACACUGAAAUCAGAGCCUUCACCUUCCUCUCCACCCAGUAGCACAAGUCUGGCUGAUGACAUCACAGUUGUCGGGGGCAACCGCACAGGUAUCUUUGUGCAGACGGUGAGAGUGGGGUCAGCAGCUGAGAGGUGUGGCCUCAGAGAGGGGAGUGAGCUAAUAGAGUUGGAGGAGGUGAUGUUUUCAGGAGGUGGUGUUGAUCUGACUCAGUGUACAUCAGAAGUUGCUCACUUUACUCUUCAGUGUUGGACAGAACCGUCGUCCCUUAAACACAGAGUUAAUGAAGAAGGUUACUCCCAUUUGAACAGUGAACUCUCCUCUCCUUCAUUCACCGGUGCCGACUCUUUUUAUGUGCGUGUAAACCUCGACCUCUUCCUGCAAGGUGAACAGCCGUGUCUGCGUGUCACGUGUGACGACAUCCUGCAUGUGACAGACACCAGAUACAACGGCAAGUACCAGUGGCGCUGUACACGUGUGGACAUACAGUCUGCUAAACCACUGCAGAAUGGAGCUGUACCUAACUACAAUAGAGCUCAACAAUUACUGCUGGUGAAACUACGCACCAUCACACUGCAACAACAAGAUAAGAAAAAGAAAUUCCGUAAGAAGGUUUCUGAGCGUGUGCGGUUGGUGAAGACCAUCUCCCCAAAAUGUCGAGGGAGUGGCUCCUCCUCUUCAGUGCUCUACACACUCAGUAACCGUCAUGAGGAACACCUGAUACCCUACAGUAUGGUACAGCCUGUGAAGGUGGAAUGUAAAAGGCCUGUUAUUUUCUCCCCUUCUGUUCUCUCUCAUGGACUCAUUGAGAGAUUACUGCAACCUGCAGAUUCAGGACUGCUCUUUAACACCUGUCCGCUAGAGCCGAUACCAGUGAGUGAGCGUAACGAUAAGGGUGUAUUUUUGUUGGAUCACACACACACCGACGAUCACACACUGGGCAUCAGACUGCAGAGCAUCCAGGAAGUCGUAAAGCAGGAUAAACACUGUUUGCUGCAGCUGAAUGUGAGCAGUGUUGAAGCUUUAUUGAAGCAGGGUGUUUAUCCCAUCAUCAUCCACAUCAAACCUAAAGACAAGAAGGGCAGGAAGUUCCGUAAGCUGCUGUCGUGUAUAGGAGACAGUGAUGUGAUGGAGGUUGUGCGGGUGGAGGAGCUGCACUUGGAGACCCUGCCGCUGAUGUUCAGCACACUGCAGCCGAGUGACUGGAGCUGCACUGACGAGCUGAUCCACACCGUCCGUCACACCAUCCACAAGCAGCAGGGGGCGCUCGUCUGGCUCGAAAUGGACAGGAUAGACCUAUGAUCUGUAUUGGAGAAUUAAGACAAAGGCUUUGGAGUUAAAAAACUAUUACAAGACUUUAUUGUGUACGGUGAGAAAUAUACACAACUAUACAAACGUACAAAAUAAAUAUAACUUGAUAUUGUUUUAGAUUAUAUUAUACAGAGAUAUUUAAUAACGUGUGUGUGUAUGUGUGUGUGUGUGUGUAUGUGUGUGUUUGUGUGUAUGUGUGUGUUUGUGUG